AGGGAAAUUUUGGUUGUUUUGUUAGGGAGAAGCUGAGAGCAAAAUUAACAUGGCAGGACCAGCUCUUGGAGAAAGAAGCUUGCAAGAAACUCCCACAUGGGCUGUUGCUGCUGUCUGUGCAGUGUUUAUCAUAGUUUCUGUGUUAAUUGAACAUGGAAUCGAUUCACUUGGAGAGUGGUUUCACAAACGCCAUAAGAAGGCCAUGAGCGAAGCCUUGGAGAAAAUCAAAGCAGAGUUAAUGCUACUAGGAUUCAUAUCCCUGUUACUUACUUUCGGUACAAAAUAUAUUGCCAAGAUAUGCAUCCCUGUGAAUGUUGGUGAUACCAUGCUUCCGUGCAAUAAGGCGCUUUUGAAAGUAGAUGACUCAAAAGAUGAUAGGAGGAGGUUACUUUCUUUCGAUGAAAAUGUGGUGUGGCGCCGUGGUCUAGCAGCUGCCUCCGGUGAUGACUAUUGUUUGAGUAAAGGGAAAGUGCCUCUAAUCUCUCAAACAGGGGUGCACCAAUUGCAUAUAUUUAUAUUCGUCCUUGCCGUUUUCCACAUAUUCUACAGCGUGAUGACUAUGGUGCUAGCCCGAGCUAAAAUGCAGAGAUGGAAGAAUUGGGAACAAGAAACAUCCUCCCUGGAGUAUCAAUUUACAAAUGAUCCUGCAAGGUUCAGGUUUGCGCACCAAACUACAUUCGUUAGGCGUCACUCAGGCUGGACUAGGAAACCAGGAAUUCGAUGGAUAGUAGCAUUCUUCAGGCAAUUCUUUGCGUCCGUUAGUAAGGUGGAUUACAUGACUAUGCGGCAUGGAUUUAUUAACGCACAUUUUAAUCCUGAUAGCAAAUUUGACUUUCAUAAAUACAUCAAAAGAUCAAUGGAGGAUGAUUUUAAAGUGGUCGUUGGAAUAAGUCUUCCGUUAUGGGCUUUUGCAAUCAUCUUCAUGCUUCUCAACAUUCAGAAAUGGUACACACUCAGCUGGCUUUCGUUGGCGCCACUAGUGAUAUUAUUACUAGUGGGAACGAAGCUUGAACUUAUAAUCAUGGAAAUGGCCCAAGAAAUCCAAGAUCGAACUACAAUUGUAAGAGGAGUUCCCGUGGUAGAGCCCAACAACAAGUAUUUCUGGUUUAAUAAGCCUGAAUGGAUUCUCUUCUUAAUCCAUUUUACCUUAUUUGAGAAUGCCUUCCAAAUAGCUUAUUUCUUGUGGUCAUGGUAUGAGUUCAAGAUCACAUCUUGCUUCCAUGCAGACUUGGCACUAACAAUAACAAGGGUUGUCCUUGGGGUAGCCUUACAAGUUCUAUGCAGUUACAUUACAUUUCCUCUCUAUUCAUUAGUGACACAGAUGGGAUCUCACAUGAAGAAAGCAAUCUUUGAGGAACAAACAACAAAGGCGCUUAAGAAGUGGCAAAAGGUUGCAAAGGAAAAGAGGAAGUUAAGGAAAGCAGGGAUAGAUAUUCCUUCAAGGAGUAGUGUGAGUGUGAGUAUGAGUGGAGAGACAACACCAAGCCAAGGCUCAUCGCCUUUGCAUUUGCUUCACAAGUACAACAAGCCUAGCCACAUUGACUCCGCAGAUCUCUAUUCUCCACGAUCAUAUCAAUCUGACACGGAGUUUUCAGAAACAGAGGGAUCUACACACGAACUAAAUGAAAUCAAACCAACACAUCAACCUCCCAAGAAGGAAGAAACUCACAAUAUCGAUUUUUCAUUUGACAAGCCUUAAAUUUAAAGGUUUUGUCAACCAUUAAUGUUCAUCCAAGCCUUAUGUUGUGAAAAUACCAUGAUAUCAAAUCAUGAUCAAUGUAGUAGCACAUACUCACAGCCUGCAGAGUAACACCUCUUCCUUGUUAAAAUUUAUACACCACUCUAGGUGCUAAUGUUAGUUUUUUUUUUAACUAGCAUUUUUUUGGUAUUUAUUUUUUACUACAAUAAAAUGUUGAUAAUGUACUUUUUUAAUAAUACAUUUCAUUGUUAGGUGAGUUCA